AUGGCUGAACAACUUAUUCAACGUGGUACUCUUGAGGGCCACAGCGGCUGGGUCACCUCCCUCGCGACCAGCUUGGAGAACCCCAACAUGCUCCUCUCGGCCUCGAGAGAUAAGACCCUCAUCAUCUGGAACCUGACUCGCGACGAGACUGCCUACGGCUACCCGAAGAGGUCGCUCCACGGCCACUCCCACAUUGUCUCCGACUGUGUCAUCUCCUCCGAUGGCGCAUACGCUCUCUCCUCUUCCUGGGACAAGACGCUGCGAUUGUGGGAGCUGUCCACGGGCAACACGACUCGAACUUUCGUCGGCCACACCAACGAUGUCCUCUCCGUUUCCUUCUCCGCAGAUAACAGACAGAUUGUCUCAGGGUCCCGAGACCGAACCAUCAAGCUCUGGAAUACCCUGGGAGACUGCAAAUACACCAUCACUGACAAGUGCCACACCGACUGGAUCUCGUGCGUGCGCUUCUCCCCGAACCCUCAGAACCCGGUCAUUGUGAGCUGCGGUUGGGACAAAUUGGUCAAGGUCUGGGAACUCGCCUCGUGCCGCCUCCAAACCGACCACAUUGGCCACACUGGCUACAUCAACACCGUGACUAUCUCCCCCGACGGAUCUCUCUGCGCCUCGGGCGGCAAAGACGGCACCACCAUGCUGUGGGACUUGAACGAGUCCAAGCACCUGUACUCCCUGCAAGCCGGUGACGAGAUCCACGCGCUCGUCUUCUCGCCCAACCGAUACUGGCUCUGCGCCGCCACCUCGUCGUCCAUCACCAUCUUCGAUCUCGAGAAGAAGAGCAAGGUCGACGAGCUCAAGCCCGACUUUGUCGAGAAGGGCAAGAAGUCCCAGGAACCGUACUGCGUCAGCCUGGCCUGGAGCGCCGACGGCCAGACCUUGUUCUCCGGCUACACGGACAACAAGAUCCGCGCGUGGGGCGUCAUGGCCAGAGCAUAG